AUCUCCACCAGCAGGGGAAGUCAUUUCUCUUCCUCCCAGCCCUUCACCCCAGCCCCCAGAGUCUUUAUGUUCAGCCAGCCAAGUUUAGUUGAUGGACUGAGGUGACAUGCCAGGUUAACUGCUUCUAUUCCUUAUCCUGUUACAACAUUGCCUACUUUAUGUCAUCGAGAAGACAUGUAAAAUUAGAGAUUGAGCCAGAGAACGUAGCAGUCUUUUUCCAUGUGUAAUUCUUCUACCACUGGUAGGACUCCCUGCCCCUUUUUUGCUGUGCCCUUGCCUUCUAACCACAUUUUACCCAUCCUUUAGGGUUGUCCUGGAGACACUGGGCUAAGAAUCUAGAGGUGGAGGGUACCUCAGAAGUCCUUUCCCCAAUCUUAUUUUACAGAGAAGGAAACUGAUCCAGGGAAUUUGAGUUACCCAAGUGGAUAGUGUCCCUCAUUGUAUGUGCUGCUGAAGAUUUAUCCCCAUUUACCCCUUAAGAGAUUUUUCUUAUAGACUAGAAAAUCUUUUUUCUUUUUGUCUCUUAGCCACCCUUCAUAAUGAUAUUUCUUAUUUUACACAAUGUUUUUCAGAGAAGGUAUUUUUAUAAAACAGGUUCUUAACAAACAAAUCCUAUUCACCUAUAACAAGCAUAUAUUAGCUUUUUAUGUGGUGCACAGUGACAAGUGUUGAGUGAAUUGUAUGAAAUCCCCUUCAUUGAGUUCCCAGUGUUUACAAAGGCACUAGGUCCUGGGUGUUAGGGAUACAAAGCAAAAACAAAACAGUGGAUCCCCAUAAACAGCCAUUUUAAAAGACCAUUGCCCUGCUAUUCUCUAACUUACCAAGCACAGCUCUGGACGUGAAUGUUUUCAAGGUCUCAGAUCUAGGCCAGCAUUUCAUAAUAGAUGAAGUGUCUUGUAUACUUAAGUGUGAGUUUGGAGCCUGCAACAGAUGUUAAAUGCUUGCUUUUUGAAAUAGUGAGAAAGUAGGAAAAUUCAAGUGAUUAUGUAUUCUGUUCUUGUAUUCCUUGUGCACGGGUUUCAUGUCUGCUUUGGUGUGCUGGGAGAGAAGGGGGAUACUGAGAAAUACUCCUUGCCUUCAAGGAAGUUAUCCUCUAUUUGUUAAAGUUAAGCAUGUGUGUGAAACAAACCCCUUCCAGAAGUCGCCGGUGGAGCUUGUUGAUGUCCAGAAGACAAAAAGCCAGGAUUUAAUGUAACAGGUACAGAGAGUGAAGCUUUAAAGGAUGGGUAGAAGUGGGCAAUCAUAAAGGAAUGUUGAGUCGGUGGUAGGAAGAAAAAGGAGAGAAUUAGAAUUGGAAGAAAUAGAUUUCUUGAUUCUUGCAUUUAACUUAGGGAAAGGAAUUCAGUUAAUCAUGAAAAUUCCAUUUGUUAUGACAUUUUAAUUAACAAGUAAUGGCAGCAUGGCUCAAUGGAAAUAUUUUUAAUAUAUUUUUAUUUAAUUGAAGCGAUUGAAUUUCAAUUGUAGCUCUGCCAUUUGCUCCAUUUGUAACUCAGGGCAUGUCAUUUCUUCUCUUUGGGCCUCAGUUUCCUCAGGAAUAAAAUGAGGUGGGACUAAAUGAAUUACUUCUAAGGGCUUUUCCAGUUCUAAACCUCUGAUGCCGAGUACCUGAAAGUGAAAAUGGAUUCAUCAAAAAUAAGACCUGUCAAGUACAGCUGAUAGCAUGAGGGAUGUCUUAAACGUAACAUAGCUGUAUUUCAACAAGAUGUUUGGCAGGACCAGGAUAUGAGGUAUGAACUCUGUAGGAUUGGGACCUUCAGAAUAAUGGAAUCUAGUUCCUUGUACAAAUAAGUUGUUUACUUCAUUUAAACUCUUAACUCAAAAGCCCUUAUGGUCUAGGAAAUCCCUUAGUUCUCAAUGCCUAUAUCAGCCCAGCGCAGGGAGUGGCUAUCUGAACCUUGAGGACCGGUUUGAGAGGUAUGUCACCAAUUUGGAUAUGUAACGUGUGAUAUGGAGCUGCAUUUAAAGCACAUUAAAAAUGUGCUUCCUUCCAUAUAGUACCUGUGCAAUUGUCCUAAACAAAUGCCUAAUCUACUCAAAUGGAAUUGGUGCCUAUUCCUGAGGCUUUGAAACAAAUAGGUCAUUUAUGAAACUCCGGAAUUUCUCAAAUCUCAGAGUUAAGUAGAUGUCAUAAUGCUGGUACUUAAUCUUUAUUCUUGGCUCAGUCUUCCUUCCCUACCUGCCCAGGCUAAGACUUGCUCCUGUCCUAUCCAGAGCAUCCCUCUGAUGUGCUAGAGGGCCUUUAUGUUGUGUGGAGCAAUGCCUUCUGUCUUUACUUGCUCUGGGACCAGUCCCCCUUAGAUUUCUGUCAUAUGUUUCCCUGAUGGAAUCCUUUAAUUCUCAUUGGUUUUACGUUUCAUCCUCUUCAUUGACUGAAUUCCUCUGAUUCAUUUUAGUUCUUUAAUGACUUGUAUAAUCAUACAAUUCUGCAAGUAGAUUAUUGGGAUUAAAAACACAGGAAGAAGAUUGGGGUCACUAAAGAAGGUUUGCAUUUUCAUGAAGGUCAUUGAACUUUCUUUUUAUAUCAUGUGCCAGUAGACAGACGUGUUGGUUAGCCACCUGCACGUUAGUCCAGUUGUUAGUCUGGUUGAGGCAGUAGAUAUUCUUCAUCUACUUCAUCCUGUGCAGAUAAUCGAGCCGAACUCUUGAGUUGUGACAAAUCUCUUCUAGGAAGCUAAGCACCAAUUCAAGAUUUAGUGCAAUGAACAUAAUGUCCUAAACAAACAGAAAUAUCUGGAGGACUUCACCAUGCAUUGGGAAUCCCUCCUGAACUUGCAUUUUGCUGGAUUGGCCCAUCCGUGGGGAACACCUUUGAUGAGCAUACCGGAUGCUGAUAAUGCAAUUUAGACAAUCGAAAGAGGGACUCAAGAGAGGGAAUGUGGGAGAAAGAAAUCGUCUCACAUAAAGAACUUGUAGGUAUGAAAAGUCCCCUAUACUUAUCUCAUUAAAGCCUUAUGACCCUCUAAGGGAAGUGCUAUUAUUUCCAUUUUAUGGAUAAGAAAACAGCUCUCAAAUUGUGACGUAUCCACAGUCUGAGUUAGCAUUUAACUCCAGGUCUUCUAACUUGGGUCUGGUGCUUGAGCCAUCAGGAUAUCAUGCUGCUUUUCUGUUACCUGCCCCAUAUGUAAAUGAAUGCAAAUAAAAAUUCCUUUAGGUUGUCCCUCACUUCUCUGGACAAGCUAUUUUGUAGGUGAGAUGCCAUAUUCUUCACGUAAUGUCUGUGUCCUAUCCUUGUAGCCCUCAAGGUCAUCAAUGUCUCUCUUACAAAAGUGGUACUUAGUAUUGCAUCAAUUCAGCCUUGGAACUCCCCUGAGUGGGCACUUCCCCCAUUACCCUCAAAGAAACAAACCCCAAAAAGGUAAGUGGUACAACCUAAGUAUAAGAUGCAAGAUUUGAGCCCGAAUCUUAGCAAUAAGCUCAGCUCUCCACCCCACCAUGCUGCUUUAGCUGGGGAGUAAAAGCAGAAAGGAUGUUGGUUGUCCAAAGCCUGUGUGAUGGGCUAGCUUUGUCCAGGAGGCUGUUGUCAAGAAGCCCUUGUAAAUUCUGGUCCGGGGGGUGGUGGGGGCAGUGGUAGUGAACCACGAUUUAGCCUUAGGCUGUUAUUUCCCCCGUAUAUCCGCAGCCAGAAUGUUCCCAUCUCACCCACCUUCAAGGUGUGCCUUGUGGACAUCGGCCCCGGCCACGUCCUCGCUCUCUUGUGCUUUAAUGGCACCUUCUGCUUCUGGUAGGAAACCUGAAUGUCGUCCCUGGGAGAGUUCCCGGGGCCAGCUGGAGUGGCCUCUGGCAGAGGCGUAAGAGCGGUCAGUUUCAAGAUGAUUGAAAACUGCCCAGAGAUCAAAUGAUGUCAUUCUAAGAGCCUACUUAGCUUGUCCUUUUGACAGGCAGUAGCAACAGUUGUCAUGGAUAUGGGCUAGGCUCCCUGGUACUUAACCCUUGGAAGGACUAGUAGCCAUCCGGGCUACAUGUAUCUCAGGAGUGGCUAUGACUCCUGAGAAGACACAAAAACUCUGGAUCCCAGGCUGGGAGAUGGCCAGAAAUGGGGUCAAAGUGUCACAACUAACACAAUUCCUCUCAUUCUUCCCAAAAGAAUUUUGUAUUAAAGCUAUCCAAAAGGGGAAUUGGCUGCCUUGAGAAGUAGUGAGCUUCUUCUCACUAGGAGUUUUCAAGCAAAUGAAUGGCCACUUAGUGAAUGUGUUAUAUUAGGGAUUCUUUUUUUUAAUAACUUUUUAUUGACAGUACCCAUGCCUGGGUAAUUUUUUUUUUUAAUUUUAAUAUCUUUUUAUUGAUAGAACGCAUGCCAGGGUAAUUUUUUACAGCAUUAUCCCUUGCAUUCAUUUCUGUUCCGAUUUUUCCCCUUCUUCCCUCCACCCCUUCCCCCAGAUGGCAAGCAGUCCUUUAUAUGUUGAAUAGGUUACAGUAUAUCCUGGAUACAAUAUAUUUGUGCAGAACCGGACAGUUUUCUUGUUGCACAGGGAGAAUUGAAUUCAGAAGGUAUAAAUAACCCGGGAAGAAAAACAAAAAUGCAAGCAGUUUAUAUUCAUUUCCCAGUGUUCUUUCUCUGGGUGUAGCUGCUUCUGUCCAUCCUUGAUCAAUUAAGGCUCUCUUUAUCGAAGAGAUCCACUUCCAUCAGAAUACAUCCUCAAACAGUAUCGUUGUUGAGGUAUAUAAUGAUCUCCUGGUUCUGCUCAUUUCACUCAGCAUCAGUUCAUGUAAGUCUCGCCAGUCCUCUCUGUAUUCAUCCUGCUGGUCAUUCCUUACAGAACAAUAAUAUUCCAUAACAUUCAUAUACUGGGUAAUUUUUUUACAACAUUAUCCCUUGCACUCACUUCUGUUCCGACUUUUCCCCUCCCUCCCUUCACCCCCUCCCCCAGAUGGCAAGCAGUCCUAUACAUUUUGAAUAUGUUACCAUAUAUCCUAGAUACAAUAUAUGUGUGCAGAACCGAAUAGUUUUCUUGUUGCACAAGAAGAAUUGGAUUCAAAAGGUAAAAAAUAACCUGGGAAGAAAAACAAAAAUGCAAAGUUUACAUUCAUUUCCAGUGUUCUUUCUUUGGGUGUAGCUGCUUCUGUCCAUCCUUGAUCAAUUGAAACUGAAUUAGAUCUCUUUGUUAAAGAAAUCUACUUCCAUCAGAAUACAUAUUAGGGAUUCUUAAAUAGAUGGUUUAAAGGCAAAGUCCUCUUUUUUUUACAUUUCUAAACUCCCUGACCAGCAAAAGAAUGAGGAGUUUUAAGGGGUAGUGGAUGGUAUAAAUGGUAGUUGUGAAAUGGAAGAGGAAUAAUGAGAGGUUAGCGCUAUAAAUACACCAUUCUAAUUAAGUUUUCUAAAAAUAGGUAUAUAAUCUAGGAAAAACAGUAUAAAUUCACCCUUUCCCACGCCCUAUCCCCGCAAAAAUCUUGAGCUACUCUGAAACUUGGAAAGUGAUGUUUCUCUCCAUUUGUCACAUCUCUCAUUGCCAUUUGCUGCUUAUAUGUUAAAUUUCCAAUUUUCAAGAGAAAAUCUACUUUGUACCAUUUGAGAAGGGCUUAAGACAAUGAAGUCAGUCAGCUAAUUCUGACUAAUGUGGCAGUUUAAGGAACAGAGAUUAGACUGAAGUAGUUGGGAAAGGUUACAUAGAAGGGUUUGAGGCCUUUAUCUGGACCUUAAAGGAAGGACAAGAUUUGGAAACAUUGAGAGAAGGCAUUUUGGUGGCGGAAACAGCACGAGAAGUAUGGAAGUGGGGAUGUGCCUGUUACUGGGAGCAGCAAAAGAUUCUAAGCUGCUGAAAGUUGUAUGUCCCAAAGCCCUGGAAGUUAAGGUUCAGUAGCCAGAGUAGGUUAUGUAAGGCUUUGAAGGCUAAAGGAUUUCAACUGAAGAUGGGAUUGUGAACUGUUGAUUCAAAAACUGUUGUUUUUGAAGAGUGAUAUGAGAAGAUUCGUAACAAUAGUGUUCACAGUCAUUUGGGAGAGAAACUAGAGGUAGCACCGUUGACUGCUUUUAGGAUUGUUUCUUUGAAGUCAAUCCUAAUCAUUAUUCAGAGAAUAAAAUGUAAGAUUAAAGUGUCAGAACUAGAGAACAACAUAUUACCUAACCCUGAACUGGAAGAUGAACUAGAGAUCCCCAAGAUUCCAUGACCUCUGAGGGCUGGAGGUCCGUUGAAGGUCGUUGGGAGUUACAACUAAGAUGGAAGCUUCCGAUUUUAAAGAUGAUCAUUUAUUAAACCUCAAGAAGAUUAGAAAUAAGUAUCCAGUAUCUGUGAUAAUCUUGGUGUUCGUUAUAUGGGUAUAUACUAUGUGCUACAAUGAAAUAAAGGACCGCCUCGUCAGUGAAAAUUACCUGCAACAAAUUUUCGAAGGAAGUGUGGUCAUCCUGGCUUUUAGUGUCGCUACCCUCAUAGACUCCAGGCUUGGAAAAUACAAUGCCCUCAUCGGAAGCAUCAUAUUCCUAAUACUUACCCAGAUCAUAACGAUUGUGAAAGCAAGCCUGAUAGAAAACUUUUCCAUUAUUUGGAUCUUUGAUAUUAUGGGUUUACUCUGUCUGUCUUUGGCCUUUAGUAUGCAGAUGUCCUGUGAGUAUUGUUUAGCUGGGGACCAGUUUCCAGUGUACCAGGUAAAGGAAAGGAAGAAGGUAUUCUCCGCCUUGUACCUAGUUACAAUCUUUGGGAUCUUCUUUGCUGAUCUCUUCGCCCACGUGAUUUGGGAGAGCAAGUGGUACUCCCAAAGCUACUCCCUGUUAUUCAAUGGCAUCUUAGUCGGCACGAUGACUCUUAUGUUAGUGACAACGUUAUUGUGUAAGAAAUUUUUCUUCAUAGAACGUCCCAAAGGGAGCGCCCUAUUGGAAAUUUUCAAGUGUAUCCUGUUUGCAAUGAAAAAUAAGCUAAUUCACUGUUCUUGGAAGACGCCUAAGAGAGAUCAUUGGCUAGAUUGGGCAUCAGAAAAGUACUCGGAGAAAAAUAUUAAGGCAGUGAAGCUUUUCUUUCGGCUGUUGCUCUUCAUCAUGCCCUUUCCGAUUUUCUGGGCCUUGGUUAACAAACAGGAAAAAAAAUGGGAUUACCAAGCAAUUCAGAUGAGCCGUAUUUUGCAUCGGCAUGACCUACUAGAUGAAAACAUAGAGAACAUGUUUUUUGUUGUCAUCCUGAUCUUACUCGUUGUAUUGGAAAUGAUUCUCCUCCCCUUCAUGGAGCGGCUUGGAAUAAGCUUCUCAUUAAUAAAGAAAAUGGUGAUAGGGAUGCUCUUAAUUUACGUCUCCAGCUUAGGAGCAUUAAUACUAGAAUUACAAAUUCAGAAUUCUACCAGCAUCAAACCUCACUCCAAGCAGAGCUUCCUGAAAAUCCUUAAUGUAGCUGAUCAUGAGUUUGAGAUAGUCUUGUAUAAAAACAACAGCCAUCAGUCUUCUGAAAUAACCUUGGAUGCUAUGUAUCCAGAUUAUGACACUAUAGAUUUGGACUCAGAUGAAGAGUAUUUUCAGAUACAUAUAUCUGACUCUACAUGGUUCAAAAAAGAAGUGAUUCUCCUGAAGGAGAAGACAAUAUAUAUACUAAUUCUGAGUGGAAAGAAGACGUACUCAAUCACCCUGAUGAAGGAGGACACUGAAAAACCAGAGAAUGGACUUGCACAUGUGAGGAUUUUUAAUACUCUGGACAAAGAUAUUUAUCUCAUCUUGCUUGUAGACACCUUCAGGCUCCAGAAACACAAUGGGUACUCUCCACAGCUAAGCAUUAGGAUAAGCAGAAAGGUAAAUCUGUUUUAUAUGAUCGAGGAGAAGAAGGAUGUAUUACAAUUAAAAGCGGGACUGCUGAAAUUUGGAAGCUCUUAUCUGAUCUUCAUUAUUCAGGACGUUCCUGUAGUAAAGAUCCACAAAGUAAAGCUGAUGGAAAUGAAGGCCUUUUCCGUUGGGUGGCAAUUCCCACAAUUAUUUAUAAAGGACGUGGGAAAAUAUUUUCUCACUGUUUCCUGCUUGGAGUUUUUCUACUAUGAGGCUCCACCAGGCUUGAAAGUCACCAUGACAGCUUUGUGGACCAGCAGUCUUUACGGCAGUUAUCUGAUCAUGAAUUUUGUGUCCUACAUCUCCCUCCUGCCUGAGUGGAUUGAGUACUUCUUAAUUUCUUGCAUCCUAUUGAGUGUCAUCAUUGCUUUCUUCAUCAUAAGCUAUUACUACAAAGAAACUUACAGAGAGAACCUGUCUUCUGAAUUCACAGUCAUUGGGAACAGAUGAAGAAAUUAUACAUUUGGCUCAGGUCCAUCAUCCCCAUCCUGGUCAUUUCCCCCUUCUGACCCUCCUAUGAUCAUUCUUUCUCUUCAGCUCUUCUCAAUAGUGCGACACAUUGGCUAGAGUCAAAUUCAUUUAACUCUGGUCAGAAUUUGUGUGCUUUGAAUGGAGAGGUUGGAGAGUCUGAUAUGGAAGAAAAAGUGGGAAGGAAGGGGGAAGAUGGUCCUCACUCAGGAGAAGGAUCCUUGACUGAGAGAAAACUUCAGUCUCCCCAGCUGGGCAGAGUGUAUGGGGGGGGGGUGGGCAUCUGGUAAAGAACAGAGUAAAGGCAAAGAAACAUGGCUGGCUAUGUGACUGGUUUUUGGGAUCAGAAUAAGGGAGGGGGAGUCAGGAAGGAAGUUCCUCGAUCUUGAGUUUGAAUAAAGUGCCAAGUCCCAUAAACCCUUUGAAGACAAACUAAGGUGUUAGGGCUAGCUCCCUAAUUUUUUCACCCUUGCUAUUAUAGGGCAAGCUAUCUGAGGGGAAGGAAAGAAAAAAGGCCAUGGAAACAGAAUAGUGUAAUAUAAUGGAUAGUCAGGAAGAUGUU